AUGUGUGUAACACUUAAAUAACUACACAGAUGAUUGGUUCAGUGCCAGUGGACACCGAUUGAGGCUGCCCGUGAAGUGCGCAUGCGCCGGGGGCGAAGCGGAAGAAAGCGACAUGUCGAUAGAAGACCCAUUUUUCGUUGUGAAGGGGGAGGUGCAGAAGGCCCUCUCUCGUGCUCGGGGCCUGUAUGAUAGAUGGGAGGAGCUGCUGCAGGAUGGAACACAGGUAAGUCGCGAUGAGCUCGACUGGAGUACCAAUGAACUGAGGAACUGUCUGAGGGCCAUAGACUGGGACCUGGAGGAUCUCAGUGAGACCAUCAAUAUUGUGGAGUCGAACCCGGGGAAGUUCAGGCUGGGAGAAAGUGAACUUCAGGAGAGGAAAGACUUUGUGGAGCGAACCAGGACGUCCAUCCAGGAGAUGAAGCAGCAGUUGUCCAGCCCUUCUGCUGUGGCUCAGGCAGAGAAGAAGAACAGACAGGCUCUGCUGACUUCUUCAGGUCAGGACCGGUCGACCGGACUGGAGGCUCAUAUGGUGUCUGCAAACUCCAGAUACAUCGAGGAGCAACAAGAGCAACAGCAGUUGAUCAUGCAGGAGCAGGACGAGCAGCUGGAGUUGGUGUCGGGCAGCAUCAGAGUCCUAAAAGACAUGUCAGGUCGCAUCGGGGACGAGCUCGAUGAGCAGGCUGUCAUGUUGGGGGAUUUCGGAGACGAGAUGGACCAGACGUCGUCCCGCAUGGACUCGGUCCUGAAGAAGCUGGAGAAGGUGUCUCACAUGACCAGCAGUCGCAGGCAGUGGUGUGCCAUCGGCGUGCUGGUCGCCAUCAUGAUCGUUGUCUUCAUCCUCUUCUUCGCUCUCUGAUCCCAGCGACCUCCGACCUCCCGGCUACGCUCAGCGACUCCUCCCCCGUUAGGACGGACAGGCGGUGCAGGAAGAGGAGCGCGUCUCCUCACUUUCUUCACACUGAGGAGGAACUGGUGACCUGCAGGGAGAAGUUGGGGCGUUGAUCCUCCUCUUCUCUGCGUUUAAUGAAAAACAAAAAAAAAAAACCCAAACAAAGUCCUGCCGACGUCUGCCGGCGCAGGAGCCAAACCCCAGCAGUGUUCUGUACUUCAUACUGAUGCAUUUAGGGUGUUUUUGGAAAUUAUGGUACUGAAUGGGAGGCUGCUGCUGUCGGGCUCAAAACACUAAUCUGCAUUCUCAAAUCAGGAUGCAUUCAAGAUCAUGUUAUGUCUGUUCCCACAAACUUCGGGGUUUUAAAGUAUCCAGUAACACUUUUUUAUGUUGAUAUUGAAGUAGAGAAACAGCAUUUGCACUUUUCGGCCGCAGUUUCCUUCCUCCAACAAACAACAAAACGCCGUCGUUUUGGUCACCGUUAGUCAUUGAAUGAAGCUGCACUCCACGAUGAACCGCAAACUCAGAACCUCCAGAAAAAUGUUUGUUUCACAAGUGCUUUGCAGACGGAGGGAAAGAUUGUGACGAUUUGUGGCUCAGCUUCCGGCCCAAAAAGAAAGUGAUUUUGGGACGUUAAGUACGGAUUUAUUAAUCCAGAAAAUGCAGUUAUUUGUGUUUUAAGCUCACAGGAGCAGCGUGGGAGGCAGGAGAUGAGGAUGGGGAGAGUUUCAGUGUUGCCUUAAAUAUAUUUUUAUAUUGUGAAAUGUGCAGUAAGUUCCUGUGCCUACAUGUUAAUCAGGGUGGGAAGUCAACAAAUCGCACUAGUCGUGGGCCCAGUGGGCAGCUGUGGUCUGCAGGCUUUCCUUCCGCUUCUCUUCCUUCCUCUGUGACGUCAGCUGCUGUGUUGUUUCUGGUCACAAACAAACAAACAAACAGCACGUAGACCCGAAGCAGACUCGACACGAGGCUGCCCAUCGCUGAGACUUGAUGCCGGUUUCGCUCUGCUGCUCACUUUGUCCGAAAUGACUCCCGGCCGUCGCGGUUCAUCUGCCGCCCUGAUUGUGAUCCGUGUCGGCGAGGUGAAGUCGGGGCUGCAGCCGGCCGCCUUCGCGCCCCGCGGGAGGGUCAGCGCACAAUUGGCUGACGCCUUUGUUCCUCGCGCUGGGUGAUGACGGGGAGCCGUGGCUCAGGGCGAAUGGGUUUGUCUGGUUUAUUGAAAAGCUUCAGCCGAUGAGAGGAUGAACAGUUGCUGGGCAGGAUGUGUCUGCACGCAGCGCAGCUUUGGGCUUCCAGCGCCCUCUGCUGGAGGCGGGCGGUCGUGUUGUUUCUUUGUGUCAUGUCAGGUAACACCGCCCACGCCAGGGUGUGUUGCAGCGCUGUAGAAAUACACACACACACACACCACGAUGCUUUAAGUUUGUGUAUAAAUGGACGUGAUUCCCGUACUUACCCCGACUCACCCUUGAUUUCUCAGUCCCGUGUCGUCCACAUUUCUCCUCACGUCGCUCUUUGUCCCCCAGCUGCAGAGAAAACGAGGCAUGCGGUAGUUACGUGAGGUUUCUCCGGACUCCAGAAGGAGUCAGAGGUCAGAUGGACAGGACUUAGUGCAGUUUAAUGCGGUUCGGGGACGUCCGGUCCCCGUCACAGCUCGGCUCGUCGUAUCCGCUCAGUAGUUCACGCGUGCUUUUGCAUAUGCAAGCCCUCAUUGCCCAAAUGCUUCAGUGGGGGGAAUGAAGUGAAUGCCUGGAAAAUGGCUGCAAGCAUAAUUGAAGCACUCAUGUGGUUUCCACUCCGGUGAUGAGUCAGUGGGAAACACGCGAGAGCGAGAGGCCCGUGAAGGUAAAAGCACCUGGAAACCCCGGAGGAUCCUCACAGAAGCUUUUGAUUUGUGUGUGUGUGUGUUUGAGUUUGUAUCACGAUACUGUAACAUCACUUCUGUGUGGAAGAGUCUUAAAGUGGGUCUGCUGCGCUUUGGGUCUUUAUCAGAUCUGGUCUUAAGUUAAGACUCGUUUCAGGUUUUCUCUCCGAGCUGAUUCUUUUGUUGCGUCGACGCGGUGAAAUCACGCACAUUACGAGCACAUGCGUCAAAACUCUUUGGUACGUUUUUCACAUCAUCUUGACCUGCUGCUGCUUCUUCUUCUGUCAAUUUAUUUUUAAAGCAUCAAAGCUUUACAAUUUUAUUUCGAUUUUUGGUAAUAAAUAAAUAAAUAAGCAAACCUUCAUAGUAUUAACUGUGGAGAAUUGACUUUGACCUGCAACUGAUGAACGGUUUCAUUUUUGAUUGAUCUGAAUGACUGAAAUGAUAUAUCGAUUAGCAUUACUUUCGAUCAAUUAAUCCAAUAACUGUUGCAGCUCUUAGACUCCAAACGUGAAAGGCACGCGAUCCUGCUGCCUCGGGUUUCUCAGCCAAAUAAUGAAACCACAACACACAGUGAAGCAGUGUGGGAUCAUGGGAGUUGUGGUCUUAAGCGGAAGCGUUCACGCACGAGCUGAAGUUCUAAAGUUUUACGCACGACUUCCUUUACAGUCACAGCAGCAAGUGACAAACGAGACGCACCGAUAGCCGGAAGCGACGGACUUCGCUGUGUUGGAUUGGUCGUUUCCUUUUAAAGAGACAUUUUAAUUCAGUAAUGCCACAUAUUAAAGUGCCAAUGAUCAGCUGACGAACCAGUUCUGGGAGGACACAAAACUGGUUGCCAUGGUGACCUUCAAUGCCCAGCAGCACACGCGUGUCUGCAGUGUGUCCUGCUCCACUGAAAUAAAAAUCACUCGUCGCUUUUUAUUUCACUGCUUUAAUUCCAGGGAUUUACUUUGAAACGUAAACGUCACACGGCGCCUGUCGUUGCUUUGACAAAAACAAGACGUUAUGAUAAUUCAAAGUGUUCACUGAGGUUUUAACUUGCAUUAAACUUCUUCCACGAGA